GAAGUGGGCAUAAGUGCUAAACAUUAGGUUUGUCCUUCUGGUACUUCGGGAGCAGCUCAAAGGCCAGAGCAGGGCACUGAGCUGCCUGUAGCACAGCUAACGCCGCCUGUAUCAGGAAGGGAUCCAGAGCGUGGCAUGCAGACAGCGACUGUUGCUCAGCUUUUUUUCAGCUAUCUAGAAUAGAUCUGACAAGCAAUUAGACCAUGAAUAUAUUACAGAGCCGAUGGGGGAUGCCUUUGUUAAAACUUGUGACCCAUACUUAGGUGCUGUUUACAUUGGCAGCAGCUUCGAGGGUGGGCAAGACCCUACCUGCCUGUCUUUCUGCUCGCUCCUUCCCCUUGCCGAGCGAGCUGGGGAGCUCUGCAUCUCAUUGGAUAUUUCAAAUGCUUUCUGCACAAGUCAUAAUUAAUGCUGAGUUGUGGAGCUAAGACCAGAUGUGCUGCUGCGAUUAUCUCCCAGGGCAGAUCGGCUGCUCUCCACUCUGGAGCGCUGGGUGAAUGGAAAGCUGCCAGUGCUGGGGCUCAGAAUGUGUCUGAUGCCUGAAGUCAGGACUUUCUUUCUCUGCCGCUCCUGCUGUCUGACACUGCCUGGUUUCUGCUUGAAGCUCAGUGCCUGUCAUGUAGCGGAGUGCUGCACAAGAACGAGAGGCAUCUUUGGACAGCGAUUGGAGGACACUGUGCAGUACGAGAGGAAGUAUGGCCAGCGGUUAGCCCCACUGCUGGUGGAACAGUGUGUGGAUUUUAUUCGGGAGCGAGGACUUACAGAGGAGGGACUCUUUCGGAUGCCUGGCCAAGCCAACCUUGUCAAAGAUUUGCAGGAUUCUUUUGACUGUGGAGAGAAGCCACUCUUUGACAGCAACACGGAUGUUCACACUGUGGCGUCCCUCCUGAAGCUUUACCUCCGAGAGCUGCCAGAGCCUGUCAUCCCCUUUGCCAAAUACGAAGACUUUCUUUCUUGUGGACAGCUACUCUCAAAAGAUGAGGGAGAGGGUACUCAGGAACUGGUUAAACAGGUGAAGAAUUUGCCCCAAGCUAACUACAAUCUCCUGAAGUACAUAUGCAAGGGGGGCUUUUCAAGGUUCCUUGAUGAAGUUCAGGCUCACUCCAGCGUUAACAAGAUGAGUGUUCAGAACCUAGCUACAGUAUUUGGACCAAAUAUAUUACGACCCAAAAUGGAAGAUCCAGUGACCAUGAUGGAAGGCACCUCACUGGUUCAGCACCUGAUGACGGUGCUGAUAAGUGAACAGGGGAGAAUCUUUGCUGUCCCUCAGGCAGAUGUGCCAGGGAGCCAACUGGAAAUCAGACCCAUGCGUCCACGCAACACUGUGGAGUGGAUUUCUGAGGAGGAUGGAGAGGAUAGCAGGUCAGAAAGCAAUGUUCCCAGCCCUGCUGAUCUGCCUUCUGACAAUGCUGUGGCACUGGAAGCCAUGUCUGGACCUGUAUUGAAAAACACCCCUCCAGAGCACAGCAGCAAGUUGGCUCAGCCUGCCACCAGCCCCAGCAAAAGAGUGCAGACACUGCCCCCGUGGAAAUACUCCUUCCGCCAGCAGGGAGCACGGUCUGUGAGCCCAAAGCUGGGCAGCUCAUCUCUAGAUAUCCCCAACCUCUCCUCCAGUGGAAACUGGCUGAUGAAUGGACUGUACUCUCUCCGAGGCCACCGCCGGACAGCCUCUGGGGAACGAGUUAAAGACUCUUGUUCUUCUCAAAGACUUUCUACUUAUGAUAAUGUCCCUUCAUCCAGCCUCUCCCUCAGCACACACAGUAUGGGCAGCACCACGUGGUCUACAUCAUCGUGUGAGAUCUCCGUGGUGGACUCGGUCAGCAGCUGCCCAGCCUGUCGGGCCAGCGACUCCUCGGUUUUAAGCUCUCUCCAAACCGAGUGGAUGACUCAGGGCUCACUGUCUCAGAGUGAGGUCAAGACUGCAGAUCUGGAGAACAGCAUCGACAGGUUAGAAGCCUGCAGCAGCAGCAGUGAGCACAGCAACCUAGCUCCAGCUUCCAGAGACUCUGUCAGAUGCUCUAGGGCCUUACAGAGCUUGGUGGUAGAGCUAAAGACAGAACUGAGCAAACAGAGGACUGAGUACGAGACCAGUAUCAAAAGAAUUGAAGAAGCAAGUGCAGACUUGAGGAAGCAAGUGGUUAGGCUAGAAGAAGAACUGGACCAAGAACGAAAGAAAUACACAAUGCUGGAGAUAAAACUGAGGAAUUCUGAACGUGCUCGGGAAGAUGCAGAGAAGAGGAAUCACCUCCUGCAGAAGGAAAUGGAAGAGUUUUUUUCAACAUUAGGAUGUUUAACUGGUGGGAGUCAAAGUGCUAAAGUCCCCAAAUAGAACAACCUGACGUACAUCACAGAAAACUCUAUUUCUGGCAAAACCAGUGAAAAAAAUGCACAUUUUGUUAAGUUAUACUCAUGUAUCAUGAGUACUUCUGCAGUGAUUGUGCUCUCAGUGACAUGUGCUCUGUUGUCUUUUCAUGUUCUUCUAGUAUUUGGGCCAGCUGGGUAAAGACUGCUAAGCAUAAUACUUGAACAUUUAGAUUUCAGAUUGCCAAGAAAGAGAGGACACACUUUCUAUCCACAGGUCAAAAGGUUCUGGUCUCCAUUGCUGUACUUGUUCCAUCUUUGGAUUCCCUGCACCCUCCUUUUGCUGGUUCACGGACAAUGGAAAGGCAUGGAAGGUGGGUGAGACCUGGGAGGACCGCAGUUCUAGAAUGUCACCUCAUUCAGUGUGGCUUAGCGUAUGGAUUGAAUAUGAGGUUUUUUCCUCCCUACUCUCUACGUAAAGUUUGUUCAGAUGUCUCAUUGCUGAAAGUGGAAUUAUUUUAUCAAGAUGCUUUGAAAACAGUGUCUACUGAACAGCUAAAAAUACUGGAAAUUUUGACAGUUUCGCUACGUUAUCCCUUAGGUACCAAACAGUUCCAUUUCCUCACAAAAAUAUGACUUAUUAAACUGUACCUGUUUAACAACCA